AUGAACUACAUCAGAUCAUUGGUAGUCAAAAUCUGUCAUUGCUCUAGAAGACGGGCAGAUGUGACUGUGCGCGUGUCUGUAUGCAAAUCCUGCCAGAAACCUGUGGACAAAUACAUUGAGUAUGAUCCCGUUAUCAUCUUGAUUAAUGCUGUUUUAUGUAAAGCACAGGCGUACAGGCACAUUCUUUUCAAUACAAAGAUAAAUAUUCAUGGGAAGCUCUGCAUAUUUUGUUUACUCUGUGAAGCUUAUCUCAGGUGGUUGCAACUACAGGAUUCAAGCCAAAAUAUAGAUCCUGAUGACUUAAUCAGAUAUGCCAAGGAAUGGGAUUUUUAUAGAAUGUUUGGUAUAGCUUCUUUAGAACAAACUUCAUUUUUGUUUGGCAUUUUUAUUACCUUAUGGUGGAUGAGACCUGAGAUGCUGAAAACAAAGUCUGACUUCAUUUUACUUCUCAAAGCACUGUUGUUGUCCAGCUAUGGAAAGCUUUUGCUAAUUCCAGCUGUUAUUUGGGAGCAUGACUACACGCCUUUGUGCCUUGCAUUUAUAAAAGUGUUUGUCUUGAUAUCAAAUUCUCAGGCAAUUAGAGUUACAUUGAACUUGAACCGAAUGCUCCCUUGGUUGGCCGUCGUCUUUGGAUUAAUUUUGGAAAAUGGUGUGGUCUGCUUGUUCCAGAAAACGGGAUGGAUUGUUUGAAACGUCAGCCCAGUUCUGAAGAAAUACCAACAACAUGAUGAUCAUUUUCUAAGAAUGAUCUCUGCCAGCGGGCUCCGAAGACACUAUUUUCAUAGGGAUGAAGAAGGUGAUAGAUAA